CGUCAUUCUUUACAGUGGCGCAUGGAAGGUACAGUUGCUCUCUGCACUUCUUCCCUCAUUUUGCAGUUUCAUUGCGAUGGAUGAAGAGGCGGACCUCGUUAUCGUCGCCACAGACGAUCCGUUGCCUCUACCCCUACAGGAAGAAUCUGAAUCGGCCACUGAGGAUAGAAGGACUAGAAGAACAAGAACUGCGCCAAGAACUGUUCAAACUAAACGUCACAUUUUUGAUAGACACGGUUCAAGGCCCGUUCCUUUCAAGCAUUCAAGUAUGAAGGCUACUGUCGUCGUUGAUGAAAUGUUUCCCGAGGGUGCUGGACCCUAUGUUGACAUUGACGAGGCUGGUGGAUCUAGUGGACUUCUAAUGGACCUUGCAGCCAACGAGAAGUCAGUACACACUGAUUUCUUCAAUCAGUUUGAAGACUUAUACGAUGAUGAAGAUCUAGCAUGAACCUUGGAACCUGAAACUGUUACCUGAUGGAGCAUUCACAAUUAGAAUUGUUUCUUUUAUUUCUAUCUUUAUUUAAUUUUUUUGCAUUGCUCCUUUACUCAUAAGUUGUAUUUAUUGAUUAUGACUAAGCACUUAAGUUUCCCAGAUGUUAAGUAAAUUUGUUUAUAUACUGUAUGUUCUCUUUAAGACUAUUAAAGAUGAAAAAGUAUUAGUUUCGAGCCUUAGUUAUCUGUGAUCAAUCGCAUAUGUUAGUUGGAUGGAAUGAAGUUUCCUGCUGUAGGUUCAUGAGGGUAAUUGGGCAAAGUGCAUCAUUUUCAAAUCCUUUAUUAAAAUGUAUCUACACAUCAUUGUGAUAACUUACUUUAAAUUUAUUCUUAAUAGUACAAUUCAACAUUAAAUUUUUAAAAAUUG